GCCCGCCUGAUUCACGUUUUUUUUCCCUCUCCAUCAGAUGGAAGUUUCUGUGAGGAUCGUGCGCGCAGCCGCUCCGUGCGCUCCAGUUGUUUCCUUUUUUUUUCCCCCUCACAGGAACGAUGGAACCAGUCUGCUGUAAGUCGUUUGGAUAGAAAGAGAAUUUUUUAAAAUUAUUAUUAAUCAGGAGGAGAACAUCUACUGGAGGUUUUGCGGGUGUUUGUUUGAAUGUUUGCAGUGAAAUGGGCCUCGGACGCCUUAUUCGAGUGCUGCUCUGCGCGGCUGCUCUCACAGUUUCUGCGGUUUUUGGCCAGAAUGCGAGCAGCGAAGCGAACAGGUGGAGCAGACAGAAACUUCCGGAGCUGCAGGUUAAACACAUGUCGCUUUUAAACGCUCCUCAGUUCAGAGGACAGCAGGAAAACGGAGAUAACGGAGGGACGACGACGCUUUGUGGAAUCGAGUGUCAGAGCAGCCUGCCGCCGAUGGACCUCGCCGAGCAGGAGAGGAUUCUGGGAUAUGAGACGAUGUACGAAAACGGCACUCGGACACACUCAGACGUCAGCCUGCAGGCGUUCAACAAGACGUCCACGCAUCCGCCUGCAGGCCGAACCCGCAGCAGGCGGCAGGUUUAUGGUGCAGACGGACGCUUCGUGAUCUCGGACUCCCACUUCGUCACCAACUACCCGUUCUCCACCGCCGUCCGACUCUCCACCGGCUGCUCUGGAGUCCUCGUAUCCCCGAAACACGUUUUAACGGCUGCGCAUUGCAUCCAUGAUGGCAGGGACUACCUGGAUGGCGCCCGGAGGCUGAGAGUCGGAGUGUUGCAGCUGAAGACGAAGGGACGGAGGCCGGGCGGGCGGAGAGGAGGAAGGCGAAGGGCUGGGAGGAGGAAGAAGGAGAACGGAGAGGAGCAGCUGAUGGAGGAAGGCGACGAGCAGAACAGUAUAGACGGAGAUGUGGCGAGGAAGGGAGGUGGAAGACGCAGAGGACGGAAAGGCGAGGGCGGAGGGAAGAGCCCUAAUCGGAUACGACGCAGCGCUGAACUCAAGAAGCUGCCGGUGUUUCGAUGGACUCGAGUUAAAAAGCUGCAAAUCCCUCAAGGAUGGAUCCGCGAUAAGAGCUCCUCCGUCUCCCCCGACUACGACUACGCCGUGCUGGAGCUGAAGAGACCCGUCAAGCAAAAGCACAUGGAGCUCGGCGUGGCACCGCCGGCGACUCCUCUGGCCCGGAUCCACUUCUCGGGCUUCGACAGCGACAAGAGCCUGCAGGACGGUGGCGGAAAGGAGAAGGUGAUCUACCGCUUCUGCUCAGUGGCGAAGGAGUCCGACGACCUGAUGUACCAGCACUGCGACGCCCAGCGAGGAGCGACGGGCGCCGGCGUUUACGUUCGCCUGAAGCGGGAAGGAGGAACCAGGAAGGGGAAGUGGCAGCGGAGGGUGAUCGGGGUGUUUUCGGGGCAUCGGUGGGUGGAGGUGGAAGGGGGCGAGCAGAGGGACUUUAACGUCGCGGUGAGGAUCACGCCGGCUAAAUACGUCCAGAUCUGCCACUGGAUCCGCGGAGAUCCGAGUCUGUGCAAAGAGGUUUGAACUGACAGAGCAAAGGAUCCACAAGAGAUAAAGAUCUGCUCUAAGAGACUCAAAAACCAGCUCUGCUUCCAAGGAGUGGUCAUAGGAACAGUUCAAACUCUUCAGAUUCCUGUAAAAAUAGGACUUAGAAGCUUUGUAUGAUAAGCAAUCAUCAUUCAUCAAACACUGAAUCAGCCAAUA